CCACCAACGAACCUGUGAUCCGCAACAGAGAGGAUAACGUACUCCUGCAAACGUAAACGUGAUAUCUCUCGAAUGAUCCUGGCCCUUCUUCACCUCUUUUUUUUUUCCGUCUAAGUAACUAACCCCUUUCGGAACCCUCUAGAACCCUUUUACAUUUACAGCCAUCUGUCUAUAAAAGCCUCAAAAUCUCGAUUUUCCUCAUACGUACAAUCCUUUCUCUCGGAUUUGCGAAUUUUUUUGCUUGUUGAUUUUGCUUUGUAGCAGCGAGAUUUGAUAUUGGUAUAACACAAUGGAGGAUGAUUUUGACUUUCCCGCAGCUGGAGGAAUGAACGAUGAAAUGAUGGAUGAUACACCGUAUGAUGCUCCGGGGUCAUUGAAGGUUGGCGAGGAAAAAGAGAUCGGUAAUCAAGGUUUGAAGAAGAAACUUCUUAAGGAAGGUGAUAGUUGGGAGACUCCAGAAAAUGGCGAUGAGGUCGAAGUACAUUAUACCGGAACCUUGCUUGACGGGACUCAGUUCGAUUCCAGCCGUGAUAGGGGAACUCCGUUCAAGUUUACUCUCGGUCAAGGUCAAGUAAUUAAAGGAUGGGAUCAGGGAAUCAAAACAAUGAAGAAGGGUGAGAAUGCACUCUUCACCAUUCCUGCUGAGCUUGCAUAUGGCGCUUCUGGUUCACCUCCAACUAUCCCUCCAAACGCCACUCUACAAUUCGAUGUACAGCUACUUUCCUGGUCUAGUGUCAAGGAUAUUUGCAAGGAUGGCGGUAUCUUCAAGAAGAUUGUUAAGAAAGGAGAGAAGUGGGAGAACCCAAGGGACCUAGAUGAAGUUUUAGUGAAUUAUGAAGUUCGACUCGAGGAUGGGACUUUAGUCGCAAAAGCUGAUGGAGUAGAGUUCACUGUCCAAGAUGGACACUUCUGCCCUGCGUUGUCAAAGGCUGUGAAAACAAUGAAGAAAGCAGAAAAGGCCGUUCUUACAGUUAAACCUCAAUAUGGAUUUGGGGAGAAGGGGAAACAAGCUUCGGGUAAUGAAACUGGAGUUCCAGCAAAUGCUACACUUCAAAUUACUUUAGAGCUUGUAUCAUGGAAUAUCGUCUCAAACAUUACCACUGACAAAAAGGUUGUGAAGAAAAUCUUGAAAGAAGGAGAAGGAUAUGAGCGCCCAAAUGAAGGAGCUAUUGUUCAAUUGACAUUGAUUGGUAAGCUGCAAGAUGGCACUAUAUUCUUUAAAGCCGACCCUUUUGAUUUCAAAACAGACGAAGAGCAAGUAAUUGAUGGGCUUGAUAGAGCUGUGUUAACAAUGAAGAAAGGCGAAGUAGCUGUUCUCACAAUCGCACCUGAGUAUGCAUUUGGUUCUUCAGAGUCCAAGCAAGAAUUAGCAGUUGUUCCUCCCAAUUCUACCGUCAUCUAUGAAGUCGAGCUUAUCUCUUUUGUGAAGGAAAAAGAAUCAUGGGAUAUGAUCACCCCAGAAAAGAUUGAAGCAGCUGGGAAAAAGAAGGAAGAAGGGAACGUGUUGUUUAAAGCUGGGAAAUAUGAGAAAGCUUCAAAGAGAUAUGAGAAGGGUGUGAAGUACAUUGACUAUGACACUUCUUUUAGUGAGGAAGAAAAGAAGCAAGCGAAAGUGUUGAAGGUUUCCUGCAAUCUGAACAAUGCAGCUUGUAAACUGAAGAUGAAGGAGUACAAAGAGGCUGAGAAGCUUUGCACGAAGGUGUUGGAAAUGGAGAGCAGGAAUGUGAAGGCGUUGUACAGGAGGGCUCAAGCGUAUAUUAAUGUUGGUGAUUUGGAUUUGGCUGAAAUUGAUAUAAAAAAGGCACUUGAAAUAGAGCCUGAGAAUAGGGAUGUGAAGAUGGAGUAUAAGGUGUUGAAGGAGAAGAUGAGGGAGUAUAAUAAGAAGGAUGCUAAGUUUUAUGGGAAUAUGUUUGCUAAGCUGUCGGGAGCUGAUUCAAAGAAGAAGAUGGCUCCCAAGGAGGUUGCUCCAAUGACCAUCGACAGCAAGGCCUAAUAAACAAAGGUUCCCAUUUCCAUUUCCAUUUCCAUCACCUUUUUUUUUUUUUUUGGUUGUUUGGAGGCCCAAAUCGUCAUGUAAUGAGCAUACAUUUAG